AUGAAGGAAAGAAAUGAAACGGCUGUGUCUGAGUUCAUCCUACUGGGAUUCUCCAGCCUUGGUGAGAAACUAAAGACUUUCCUCUUCCUGGUUCUUCUCCUCACCUACCUGAUCACAAUAACGGGCAAUGUGGUCAUCAUUUUCAUAGUGUGGGUGGAUUGCCGACUCCACUCUCCCAUGUACUUUUUCAUCGCCAAUUUGUCCUUCUUGGAAACUUGGUUCACCUCUGUCACAAGCCCUAAAAUGAUACUGAACUUCGUCUCAAUCAACCAAAACAUUUCAUUCUAUGGCUGUAUGGCCCAGUCAUUCUUCUAUUUUGCCUUGGGUGGUACAGAGUUCUGCCUCCUAGUGGUCAUGUCCUUUGAUCGCUAUGUUGCCAUCUGCCGCCCUUUGCAAUACGCCAGCAUCAUGAAGCAGAGACUCUGUGUGCAACUAGUUCUUGCUUCAUGGGUGGGAAGUUUCACAGUUAUAAGUUUACGGAUGGUCCUGAUUUCGAAGCUGAGAUUCUGUGGGCCGAAUGUGAUCAACCAUUUCUUCUGUGACAAUUCUCCCCUUUUCCAACUCUCUUGCACUGACACCAGUGGGGUUAGAAGGGUGGAUUCCAUUCUGAUCUCAACUAUAGUCCUGAGUUCAUUAUGUUUAACCAUGUUGUCUUAUGGAAGCAUCUUCUUCUCUAUUCUGCGAAUCCCAACAGCCACAGGCAGACAGAAAUCAUUUUCAACCUGUGGUUCCCAUCUCACAGCUUUGGCAAUUGCCUAUGGAAGCUGCAUUGUUUUGUAUGCCAGGCCUUCAGGAAGUGCCUCCUCAGAUGUCAACAAAGGGGUGGCUCUGCUGAACACCGUACUGUACCCUUUCCUCAACCCCUUUAUCUACAGCCUCAGAAACAAGACUGUGAAACUUGCCCUGAGAGAAACCUUCAGUUGGAGCACAACAAAGUUGUUCCCAAAUCUAUAA